AUGCAGUGCAGCCUUCAAAAAAUGCAUAUGUGUUUGCUGGGCGGAGACCGUACUAUAUGUUGUUACCCCAAUCAGAAUAGGAGACUGUGCUUAACGAUAAUAGAAUAUAUGAUAUAGGAGCUGAAAAGUUCGACGUGACGUCAUAGCCAACUCAGUCGAGAUUUUUCAAAGCAGUUAACAGCAAGAGAUAGGCAGGCGACUGAAACGGAAACUUGUUGAAUAAUCCAAGAAUAAAGGCUGACAGAGUAUUAUUGAGUAUAAAGAAUGGAAGACGUGACUAAUAGCAGGACAUUUUCUGAUGCAAAGAAAGUUCUAGCCUUUGCCCUGAAAAGUACAUCAGCUGCAGACAAAAUUAAAUUUUAUGACAGCUGGGCUUCUAAUUAUGACCAGGAUGUUGAAAUUGUGGAAUAUAGAGCUCCACAGCUGGCUGUACAAAGCCUUGUCCGUCACUUCCCCGAGGAACGAAGUAAUAUACAGGUUUUGGAUGUCGCUUGUGGUACAGGACUUGUUGCUGCACAGCUAAAUAAAUAUGGAUUUGGAAUUAUUCAUGGGAUAGAUGGGAGUAAAACAAUGUUGGAGCAAGCAAAAGGAAAAGGCCUAUACCAGGACCUAAAGCAAUGCAUGAUGGGAAACGAACCACUUCCUGUACUGACAGCUUCUUAUGACGCUGUCAUUAUUGUCGGAGCACUUAGUGAGGGGCAUCUGCCCUGUUCAGUGAUACCAGAGUUGUGCAGAGUGACUAAGCCAGGUGGCUAUAUCUGCAUGACAGUUCUGACCAGCCCUUCCAAUAUCACAUACUGGAGACAGCUUCAGGGCAUGCUGAAGCAACUGGAACAACAGGGUUUGUGGGAGCAGGUUGAUGUGCAACAGGUGAAUGAAUGGAUGAAAGCUGUAUCUGAGGAAGAAUCUACAGGUUCUCCAUAUACUUCCGGCAUCAUUUAUUUGUACAAAAAAUGUACACUUCGGCAGUCACAGCAAACGUAACAUUCUUUGUCAUACACUUCUACUUUCCUUGUAGCUGUUGGAACCCAUGUGUAGAAAAAUGAUUGGCAUAUUCUUACUAUACUGUAGAAAUAACUUUCAGUUACUGAUACGAUGCUAGAAAUGAGAAAGUACUUUUAAAACUAAUAAAAAUGUUAGAAGCUUU